UUGUGUCCCAUGGGUCGGGUCUGCAGAGGGUGGGCGCGCGUCCGUGGCCUGCGUGGUGCAGGGACAGCCGAGAGACCCGCCGGAGGCGGUCCGCUCUCCCGGGGCCUGGGACCCACCGGCGGCCGUGGUGCGCCGGACCCGGCCUUCCGUGCGUUCGAGGGUCAACACCGCCCCACGUGCUCCCCUGAGCGCUUGGGGCCGCCGCCACCCACAGAUCAUGUUCCUGGUGCGUCUGACUUCUCAGCUGCUCAGGGUUGUUCCCCGGGCAGGCCUCCGUCGGCCCUGGCCUCUUUCAGGAGUGCUGGGCAGCCCUGCUUGCAGGCUUUACUACAGCACGCGGCCAACAGGCCCAAAUGGGUUUGCUGUCCUCCCUGGCAAGGGUGUCCAGCUGGAGCUUGAAGAGAUGCUGGUUCCCAGGAAGAUGUCCAUCACUCCCCUGGAGAGCUGGCUGACCUCUCGCUACCUCCUCCCCAGCCUGGAGGCUGGGGCCCCAGGGACUGUGGCCCCAGCCCAGCUCUACGAGUGUCCUCCGAGCCCGGUGGGGGAAGGGGCCGAUCAGGGCGGGGAGGGGGUGCCCGGGGCACCUGAGAUGCAGUGCAAAAAUGUCCUGAAGAUUCGCCGGCGGAAGAUGAACCACCACAAGUACCGCAAGCUGGUCAAGAGGACCCGCUUCCUGCGACGGAAGGUCCGGGAAGGGCGCCUGAAACGGAAGCAGAUCAAGUUCGAGAGAGACCUGAAACGCAUCUGGCUGAAGGCGGGCCUGAGGGAAGCCCCUGCUGGCUGGCAGACCCCCAAGAUAUACCUGAGGGCCAAAUGAUUCCGGGGCUCACCCGCUUAUCACUGCUGCUGACACACUGCAAUAAAAGUGCAGACAGCUCCGCUGUUCCUGCCUGCCUGGA